GCUCGCGCCAAUACAGCACGCGCUCUGUACGACAACCACCACACAGUUCAAACGGCCUCCGGCUUCAAGAGGCUGUUGCUGUCGGCGUGGUGCUGACCGUAUUAGUUGGCGAUGGAGCUGUCGCCGCGCAAGGCGGCUGCCUUCCAGCGUCACCGGCGGUCGGGACAACUGUGUGACGUCCAGCUGCGGACCAUGGACGGUGGCCUGUUUCCAGUGCAUCGUCUAAUAUUGGCCGCCACUUGUCCACCGUUUCGAAGCCUCUUCAAGGGCUCUGGCGGGGGUGAUUACAGCGUGGCCAGGGUGUCGAAGGAUGUCAUGGAGCUCCUCAUCGACUUCGCUUACGGCCUGCCUAUCACGGAUCGCCUAAAGGCCACGAAUGUUGAAAAGAUCCUCGCUGUUUCUGAGAAAUUUCAGAUUCCAAAACUUCGGAAGACGUGCCUGGCGUACAUGCAGUCCAACCUAACGUACAGCAACUGCGUGGCCAUGCUGCAUAUGGCGCGCAGUAAAAACUACGAGUCACUUGCAACUGCAGCCUUGCGCUUCAUCAUCGUCAACUUCGAAAUGGUUAGUCAAAGAAACUCAGACCUGAUGGACCUAUCGUACGAGGAGCUUCAUGAAGUGGUACGGUUAGACGACCUACAGGUCUCUGACGAGAUGGUAGUGUUUCGGGCCAUAAUUAGAUGGGUCGAAUACAACAUCGGCGCACGAGUACCACACCUACCAGAGCUCAUGGCGCAGGUUCGCUUCGGUCUCUCCCGGGAAAGUAGGUGCUACGACGAAGUUUCCCAGCAGCUUCUGGUAGGAGGCAAUUCGGCAUGUGCUGACUUGCUGGCUUCCUUACUGCACCUGGUAGACCAGUUGGGCUCCGUUGGCGGGCCAGGACCACGGCUCCUGAACCCUGAGCUCCUGUGGCUUCGUCCACGAGUCCCAAGAGACGUGCUGUUCGUCAUUGGUGGCUGGAGCAAUGGUAACGCCAUAAAUCUCAUGGAGACCUACGACUGUCGUGCAGACCGAUGGCUUAUUUUUACCGGAGACCGAGACGUCAAGCCCAGGGCAUACCACGGUGUGGCGGUGCUGGAUGGUGCCAUCUACGUGGUCGGAGGCUUCGACGGGACAGAGUGCUACAGCUCCGUCUUAUGUCUGGAACCGGCCGAGGGGCGUUGGCAUUCACGCUCCUGCAUGCACUACCAACGUUGCUACGUCAGCGUAGCUGCACUAGCUGGACGGCUAUACGCAAUGGGAGGCUACGACGGCGACAGGCGCACAUCCUCUUCCGAGGCUUAUGACCCGCACAGCAACCAGUGGACGUUGGUUGCUGACAUGCACGAACCGCGAUCGGAUGCCUGUGCUGCCACUGCGCAGGGGCGCGUAUACAUUGCGGGCGGCUUUACGGGUCAGGAAGUUCUAACCUCGGUGGAGUUCUACGAGCCGAACACUGACAGCUGGACUCUGGUUCGGCCUAUGCUCAGCCCGCGAAGUGGAGUGCGAGUGGUCGCGUACCAUGACACGCUCAUGGCUAUUGGGGGUUUCAAUGGCAGCAACAGACUGGCAACAGUGGAACAAUACGACCUGCAUAGGGAUAAAUGGCAGCCAGCUCCGAGCAUGUCCUGUCCACGGAGCAAUUUCGCUGUAGCUGUCCUGGACGGAAGCAUUUACGUCAUCGGUGGAUUUAACGGGACGACAACGGUACAGCUAGUUGAGAAAUAUCAUACAGAGGAAAAAGUGUGGCGAAGAAUCACUAACAUGAAUAUUAACAGAAGCGCUCUGGGGGCCUGCGUUGUACGUGACUUGCCAAAUUCCAGAAAGUACUCUGUCCUUGGUACUUUAGAAUGAGAACUGCAGCUGUAGAUAACGCAUAUAUAGUGCAGCAUGAAAGUUCUAAAGCUUCUAGAGAAAGUAUUACUUGACGACGAACGAAUAAAAACUCUGACCAUAACGUA